CUCCGGCCCCAGGCACCAGGGCGCCAGGACGGCGAAGAUGUUGGCUUCCUUAGUCCGGGCAACUGUCCAGGCUGUGAGCAAGAGGAAGCUGCAGCCCACCCAGGCAGCCCUCACCCUGACACCUUCAGCAGUAAACAAGAUAAAACAACUUCUUAAAGAUAAGCCUGAGCAUGUAGGUGUAAAAGUUGGUGUCCGAGCCAGGGGCUGUAACGGCCUUUCUUAUACUCUAGAAUAUACAAAGACAAAAGGAGAUUCUGAUGAAGAAGUUAUUCAAGAUGGAGUCAGAGUAUUCAUGGAAAAGAAAGCACAGUUAACACUUUUAGGAACAGAAACGGACUAUGUUGAAGACAAAUUAUCCAGUGAGUUUGUGUUCAAUAACCCAAACAUCAAAGGGACUUGUGGCUGUGGAGAAAGCUUUAAUAUUUGAAAUCUCAGGACUCUUCUGGCCGUAGGUUCCAGGAAAGCUGGUGGAAGCUUUGGGGCUCACUGCAGAAAUCAUGUGACUGUCACGUGCUGGAAAAUAAAGUGAUACAUCUUGAAAAUGAAGCCAGUGUGUUGGAUUCCAGAAGAAAUGAUAUUUGUAUUCUCUAUAGGGGACAAAAUGAGAAGUCAUCACUCUCUUUGGAUCAUUUAGAUCUCUUGCAUCCUUUGUUUUAGAACCAGUUUCAUUAAAGUUGCCUUCCUGGACACCUGUUUAUCCAUUUCCUGAACUGUGUGCACUCCUUAGAUCGCUAUUGAAUGGCUUGAACAUCCCUCAGCAUUUCUCCCAACCAGAUCGGUGACUCCUAAAAUCUGAGACAGGACGUCCUGACUGCUGGUAGUAAUAUGGUGGUGCUUUGUUUCUUCCACCCGAACUUAACAUAGCCUUUUCAUACAUUUUUAUGAAAAAUUUCAUUGUCAGCUGCCUCAUUGCAUACGCUUUAAUAGUACCAGGCAAAGAUUUUCUUCAACUAUAGUACAGAUUAGUUCUGAGUGAUGGUAUGAUAAGGUGAGAGAGACGUCAUCCACCUGUUUUUUAAUCCAUUUCUUUUGCCACCCUAUAUGUCUGUUCAGAGAUGGGAUCUCAAGCUGAUUUUGAUUCUUUUAGUUGAGGAGUCUCUUAAAGCCAUCUAGCCCACCUCCCUCAAUUCUCUAUGUGAGGAAGCAAAACCCCAGGGAAGCCAAAGGGCUCGUCUCCACCCUGACUCUAUAGGUUGGGGGAGAGUAGGGACUCUACCCCCCUCUCCGCUUCCUUGUAGGUGACACAUGCUGUGCCCUCUGAGGCAGUCAGCGAAGGCAAAUGGUCUGACUGCUUUAUGUGGUCAACAUUUUAAUAGAAUUUCUUUAUAAUUUGAUAGAGAUUAUAUUAUUUUUAUUUUAUUUUGAGUGGGAAGAAUUUUAAAACCUUUUUAUGUGAAUUACCAUCUUGUUUCUUUCACCUUUGAAACAGUGGUUUGUAGGAGAGAUGACAUUGUAGCAACCCAGAAUUAUGCUUUUGGAAUGCGGUCCUCACUGUGCAGGAGAACAUGGGGAUCUUUUGUUAAAAUUCCCAGUGUGCAUACACUUUCCGGUUCCUCGGUCCAGUUGCUAAAGUUCUUAGUAUUUUAGCCUAACAUAUUUAUCACCAACUUUUCUUUAAAAGUGUUCCUUUUGUCACUUAGUUACUGAUUUUCCUGGG